UAUUGAACUACUUGAUCUGAACCUUGUUGGAUAUUAAUCCAAAUCCUAAACUGCUACAGUCUGACACCUUUUCACAGGAAAAAAAAGGAAAAGAAAAGCAUCUCUUCCUUUUGUUCUUAUUUUAACCCUAGAAACCCAUUUGUCUUCCAACUGUUGCUGGGUUUGGAUCGUUUCCUCCAGGACACGGGUUACGGGUUCGAGCCGUGGAAUCAAUGUGCUUGCAUCAGGUAGACUGCUUACAUCAUAUGCAGUCCUUCCCCAGGCGCUACAUAAAACAACACGGGAUGCUUCGUGCACCGGGCUGCAUUACCUGGCCGUUAUGACAGACUUGCAAUUUUUGACUAAUCUAUAAUGUUUCUGCAAAAUUUAUUUACUAGAGUUUAAUUAAGGUAGUGGCAUGUAGUUGUUUGGUGCAGUUUUCCCCUUAAUUUGCUCAUAUGAUUGAUUGAUUGCUUCUGAAGUUAAUUUUGGAUCAUAAAUCUCUAACUGAAUUGUGAAUAUCUUAUCAGCUAAUAUUAUCAUCAUUCGAGUUUGAUAAUUGUCUUCAGCUAAUAUCAUCAUGAGGACAAGUAAUUUAGGUUCUUGAUUUUAAGUGGGAAGAUUUCCAAGAAAUUGAUAAAGUUUUGAUUUUGAUGGGUGGAUUUGAUUGAUUCUUAAAUCUUGAUGCUGCCAUGAGUGUUUUAUUUAUUCUUUGAUUAGUUGCUUUGUUUUGUGGGAUUUGUUUGUUGAAGCACAAAAUGUAGCUAUACACUUUUGUUUCCAAUUGUCCCUCUGCAUUUAUUCUUUUCUAUAUUUUUGUUUUUUGUUGUUUUGUUGCAGCUGUGAACUUUAUGAGAAGAAGUGAAAUCCUGUUAACAGCUAGAUGGGUGAAGUUCUUCCUCUGUGUGCCUCUCCUCGUGGCUUAUUCCUCUGCACUUGGACGGUUUCCUCUCAGAAGUGCUGGCAGAGCUUGAAGACUGUGGUUUCAUUUGUUAAGAAGUUUAGGUGGGCAUGGCCAUCUUCAUUGGGUGGUCCACCGAAUGGUGGUAGGCCUCUCGUAAUGGGCGUUGAGAUGUUGUGGUGGUCUUUGGGCAUCCUUCCCUUCGGUUGCAUGGUCGCUGCCAUUCUGAAUUUUGUUCGUGAUCCGAUAUCUGUCAUCGUACUAAUUAUGUUAGUCGGGAGCUAUUUUUUUCAUGUGGCUGUGCUAUACUCUAUUGUUUAUUGGCAUCAGUACAUGCCUUUCCGGUUAAUUGGUGCCAAGGCGAAAUUUAUGAUUGAGGUCAUUCCCAUGAUAACUGCAGCAGCCUUGCAUCACCUUUUGGAGUUCAAUUAUGGGUAUCUCGCUCUACUGCUAUGCUGCACCACAUAUUUUUACACCUUUGCCCACUUCUUGCACUUCGCAUAUGAUAUCGGGGGAAUAGACGUAUUGCUGGGAAUAGUCAUGCAGGUUCUUGCUUACAUGCUGAACGUAGAAUUGUUAGUUAGAGCUUUGGCUUUGAGCUUCUGCUUUGUUUUAUGUUUCUAUAGAUACAUGACAUAUUGUGCUCCUGAACUACCUGUACAUCGUAAAAAGGAGUUGGAGGAGCUACCUUGUUGAUCUGAAUGUGUCCGUAGAUGACUAAUUUCGUGUACUUUUUAAUUUAUGAUAUCUCAUAAUUUAUGAGCUAUUUUUGUCUUUUUUGUCAUGUAAUCUAUCAGGGCUUCUUUGUCAUGUAAUCUAUUUUUUGUCUGUUUAAUCUAUCAGGACUUCUUUCACCUU